AGCUCGUCUAUUAUUAUUGUUAAAUGUUUGAUUAGUGUGGUAAAGGGUAUAAUAUAGCUUUUAACAUGUGGGCUAUAUCAAUGUCCCAUUUUGGCUACGAGCAGAAAUCUAACAAAAAUAAUUAAACAUUUUUUCCUUUAAUUUCUUUUUCUUUUCACUAUUAUUGUAUUAUUAUUUUCUUUUUCUGUGCAUCAGGUCUUACAGGCAGCUGAAGUAGAAAAGCAAUUAAUCGUCGAUUGUCCGGAAGGACGCGACUAAUCCCCUCCUGACCUGUCCAGGCUGGAAGAAGAUUGUGCAGACGCGCUUCUGUGCACAUGCACGUAGCAUUCAGGUAAUUUGUUUAUUUAUUUUCAUCAUGGAGAAGCGGAAGUCGAGGUCUCCGGUUCUCUGUUUGGACCUGGACAACUUUGAGUCGCCUGGAGCGGGGAGGUGUCGGCAUGUUUUAACCAGCCCCCGCUCACUGGAGUCCUGCGCUCGUCUCGGAAUAAAGCCGGUCCAGCUUUUAAUUAAAUCAUUAAACGAGUUGAUGGCUGAACAAAAUGCAUUGCCUUUCGAGGCGAUGAGAGUCAUGCAUGACUCCUACGAAAAGGAAAGAAUGAAACUUCUGCAAAUGUGCCGAGAGGAGCGAGAGAGGAUUAUCCAGGCGACAGGGGACAGGCGGCCAGGUAGCAAUAAAGCCCCAGGCUUGGAAGUGCUGCCAGACGCCAAACUAAAGGAUCACAGCCUGACAACAGGGCCCAUCGCCUAUGCAGAUCUCUGUUUUAAAAGGAAAUCUGUUUGCAAGUCCUCCAACUCUCUCGCUGGUAAAAGAGACCCAGACAGGAGCACAGUCAGCAGCUUCAACCUGGGAGACCUCCGACACUCCCCAGCUACUGAGAUGGAGCUGCAGAGGCUGACCAAGGGCAUUAAAAAGGACAUGUGCAUCACUGUGUCAGAGAGAGACUGCAAGAUAGCUGCCCUCAUGCUUGUGAAGCAUCAGGAGGAGCAGGAUCGCCUGAGCCUCUGCCAGCAGGAGGAGCAAAAAAGACAGGAGGCCCUCAGACAACAGGAGGCAGAGCACGCUGAAGCGGAAAAGCGGAGGCGGAGGAAGCUGAAGCAGAGUUUGAAACGCUGGAACAGGGAGCUGGAGGCCCGCAGGAGGCUGAGGGAGUCUCAGGAGAAAGAGAGGGCGGAGCAGCUCGAGCAGGAGGUGCUGCUGGAGGAAGACCGCCGGAGGAGGUUGAAAGAGGAGGUGGAGGUUCAGCGCAGGGAAAAGAUGGAGCGUGCACAGAAGGAGGCAGAGGAGCGAAAACACUGCCAGGAGAAGCUGCUGAGGGAGAAAGAGGAGGCGCAGGAAUGGGAGCGAGAGAAGGAGAGACGGGUCGCAGUGGAGAAGGAGGAGAAGGCCCGGAGGAGCAAAGGGCUGCAGAAGAAGAAGGAGCGCAAGAAGCUGCAGGAGGAAAACCGCAGGGAGCUUCUACGACACGUCCUUUUGAAACGCCAGGUGGAGCAACAGGUGGAGGAAGAGGAGCAACAGAUGAGGAGCGCACUGGAAAAGAAGCUGCACCACUCCUGUGAGAAACGGGCCCGGGGCGUCGAGGCACGGCUGAGGGAGCUUCAGGAGCGGGCGGCAAUGGAGGAGGAGCAGAUCCAGAGGGCGCAGCAGAGGGCCAAGCAGCAAAGCACCCAGUGGCUCACGCACAAACAGAUCCUGGUCCAACUGAGCCAGCGUCGCAUGGAGCGGGCCGCCCUGCACGCCUCGGCCCAGCGCAGGAGCCGAGCUCAGCAGACACAGCAGCACAACAGACACAGGCAGGUCAGUCACCAGAGGCUCAGGGAGAAGAUACAGAGAGAAGAGGAGGCUAUGAGGAGGGUCAGGGAGAGCUCCGUCUCCAUGAAGGACUGGAAGAGAGAGAGGCUGAGAAGGCAGCGAGAGCAGAUACAGGAGGAGGCGCAGAGGCUGGCCCGGGCCUCCUUUCACAUGAGGGAGCGAGUGAGGCAGCAGACACAAAGCCGGACCUUUCAUCAGAUGGCUCUGGAGGCUCAGCUGACUGCCUCCAUAGGCCGCAUGAAACUGUGAAAGAAAUGAUUAACCCCCCGAGGUCUGCCUUCUGAAAGACUCUCAACAUGCUCGUAUCCUCCCACUGUGUUAAAUACAAUUCAGGCUUUAUUGAAAACCCUCAAGAGCUGCUAAAAAAUGACCAGCAAAUAAAAUUAAAUUAAGUGAAGGUCUUAGAGGAAUAUAGGAAAACAUUCCUACUAUCUGCACUUUCCAUAAAAGUUUGUGAGCAAGUCUAGCUAAAAGGGGAGGAUCAUGUUUAAUGUUGGGAUUAGUUUUAGUCCAGUUUAUUUUUUUGUACAAUAUAUUUUUUAAAAAAAAGCACAAACAGUGAAUAGUUUACAAUACGGUGCUGGGAGAUCUGAGAAUGAACAUUAAUAGUUAAUCAGACGGCGGGGAAAUCCAAUGAUAAGGUACAAUACAGUUCAAAAACAUGAAAAAGAAUAAUAAGGAAACAUAAUGGAAAUCUUUUUUAAGCUCAUCUUUAAAUGAGGGAAAGUUUGGGAUAUUCAAAGGUGAUGCAAUUUUGUUUGGAUGUACGACAGAAUGGAAGAUGGAGAUAAUUUCUUCUUCUAGUUGGAUAAUUGUGAAUAUCAGAAGAAAGGGUUAAAAAGGUGAAGGAGAGAAACAGGCAGAUUAUUAGGAAGUCAGAACCGUUGUGAGGUCACAAACAGAAUGUUAAUUGGCUUUUUAAGAGUUUAAUGACUUGUACUGUCAGACUCAGUGUGAUUGUGCCCUAUUGUUUUGCAUGUUAUAUGUGUACAAUGGCAUUUAAAUGUAUAAAAGCGUCAAAGUAAACUACGUAGUACAGUUUAGCGACUGGGACAAAACAUUAAAAAAGUUUAUUUUUUAUUGUGAUCCUA